AUGGGGUCCUUGCCGCCGGGAGAGAGGCCGCACGCCGUGAUGAUCCCCUACCCGGCGCAGGGUCACAUCACGCCGAUGCUGAAGCUGGCCAAGCUGCUCCACACCAGGGGCUUCCACGUCACCUUCGUCAACAACGAGUUCAACCACCGCCGCCUGCUGCGCUCGCAGGGCGCGGACGCCCUGCAUGGCCUGCCCGCGUUCCGGUUCGUUGCCAUCGCCGACGGCCUCCCGCCGUCCGACCGCGAGGGCACGCAGGACGUCCCUGCGCUGUGCUACUCCACCAUGACCACCUGCCUCCCCAGGUUCAAGGAGCUCGUCGCCAAGCUCAACGAGGAGGCCGAGACCUCCGGUGGCGCGCUGCCGCCGGUCACCUGCGUGGUGGCCGAUAGCACCAUGACCUUCGCCCUCCGCGCCGCGCGGGAGCUCGGCCUCGGCUGCGCCACGCUCUGGACCGCCAGCGCCUGUGGUUUCAUGGGCUACUACCACUUCAAGGAUCUAGUCCACCGCGGGCUCUUCCCUCUCAAAGAAGAGGCUCAGUUGAGCGAUGGAUCCUUGGACACGACCAUCGACUGGAUACCGGCGGCGCCCAAGGACCUGCGGCUGCGUGACCUCCCGAGCUUCUUCCGCACCACCGACCCCGAUGACAUCAUGUUCAACUUCUUCAUCCACGAGACGGCCGGCAUGUCGCAGGCGUCGGGGGUGGUCAUCAACACCUUCGACGAGCUGGACGCGCCACUGCUCGAUGCCAUGUCCAAGCUCCUGCCGUCCGUCUACACAGUGGGGCCGCUCCAUCUCACGGUUCGCAACAAUGUCCCGGAGAAAAGCCCCGUCGCCGGCAUCGGGUCCAACCUGUGGAAGGAGGAGGACGCGCCCCUUCGGUGGCUCGACGACCGGCCGCCGCGCUCCGUGGUGUACGUCAACUUCGGGAGCAUCACGGUGAUGUCGAACGAGCAUAUGCUGGAAUUCGCGUGGGGGCUGGCCAACACUGGCUACGCCUUCCUGUGGAACGUGCGGCCUGACCUCGUCAAGGGCGACGGGGCCGCACUUCCGCCGGAGUUCUCCGCGGAGACGGAGGGGCGGAGCAUGCUGUCGACAUGGUGCCCACAGGAGAAGAGCAUCUGCGGCGGCGUGCCGAUGGUGUGCUGGCCGUUCUUCGCCGAGCAGCAGACCAACUGCCGGUACAAGUGCACGGAGUGGGGCAUCGGGAUGGAGAUUGGGGACGACGUGAGGAGGGCCGAGGUGGAGGCCAUGAUACGGGAGACCAUGGAGGGGGAAAAAGGCCGAGAGAUGCGGCGGCGCGUGCUGGAGCUUCGCGGGAGCGCGGUGGCCUCCGCACGGCGUGGCGGAAGGUCCAUGCGCAACGUUGAUAGGCUCAUCGACGAGGUGCUGCUGGCUUGA